AGGAUAAGAGAUAUUUUGUUAUUAACAAAAUCUGAUUUGAUUUUUCUCUAAUCUAUUUUAAAUGUUUUAUAUACAGUUUAAGUGAUUUAGAUUUUUUGAAUGUUUAUCUAAAUUAAAUCCGUCAUUUAUGCAAUGAAAGUGUAAUUUCAAAAUGUCAGGAAUGUCACCAUCAGAGAGGAGAUUGCAGAAGGAAUUGAUGUCUCUCAUCAAAGAACCCCCACCAGGAGUCUCUGUAGAUACUGACAUAACAGAAAAGAAUUUAUUACAUUGGGUUAUAAACAUGGAAGGAGCCGCAGGUACCCUGUAUGAAGGUGAACAUUUUCAACUUCAAUUUAAAUUUAGUAAUAAAUAUCCAUUUGAUUCCCCCGAGGUAACCUUCGUAGGAACAAACAUUCCAGUUCAUCCACAUGUAUAUAGUAAUGGGCAUAUUUGCUUAUCAAUUUUAACGGAUGAUUGGUCGCCUGCCUUGUCCGUUCAGUCAGUAUGCCUGUCAAUAGUGUCUAUGCUAAGUAGCUGUAAAGAAAAACAACGACCACCGGAUAACUCCUUUUAUAUAAAAACUUGCAGUAAAAAUCCUAAGAAAACCAAAUGGUGGUACCAUGAUGAUUCCGUGUAAUGGUUUGUCCACACAAUGAAUGGAACUUAAAAGUUAUGUGAUUAUAAUAUAUUAUUGUUUAUUUAUAGAUUGAAAAUUUUAUAUUUACAUAAUAGAUUUUCUGAAUGAUUGAAAUUUUCAUGUGUUAGACUCUAAACAAUAAAUAUAUACUUUGUCUAGUGCCUACCA